GCAACGUUUGCUGCGAGUAAUACAUCUAGAGUAUUACAUGAUGCAUUCAAUCGCAAACUGGACACGCACGGUGUGGCGAGGGACCUGUUGUUCACGGCGGCUUCAGCUGUGCGCGGUCGUACUGCCAUCCGGUCGCGAGGUCGCGGGGCUGGACAAAAUGCGGUCAACAUGCGGCAUUUCCUUACUUCUACGCUAUCUCAGCUUCUCAAAGCAUGCACUGCUAGCUCGUGACAUCUAAACGCACAUAGCGAGCGAAAAGACUGCACCGAUUACUCGGCGCACUUCUGUUGACUUGUCGCUAUUUCUUUCCUUUGCUCAAACGUGUGCUUCUAUGCUCGCGUUUCUGGCUGGAUGCGUCUUCAAGGCGCUGACGGGCGGAGACUUGAGAGAGGACUUGAGCUGCAUGCUCAAUGCUCUGCCUGAGGCCCUCGGCGUGCCUCGCCUGUGCAAGGCUACUGCUAGCGACAUCCGCUCGCCAUGCUUCCCUUGCAAUGGACAGAAGGUCGUUCGGCGUCCACUUUGGGACCCGCGCGCCACGUUGGCUGCAGCUAGCCCCGCCCCCGUCCUCGAGGCCAUGAAGGAGUCUCCCACGCCGCCCGUGUCAAGCUCGGGCGACGACUGCACGACCGAUGGCAGCGCCGUCCCCUCCGCCUCCCCCUCCAACCCCACCUCCGCCUCCACCUCCAAGGCCCUCGUGCCCGCCGGCCCCGUCGUUGCCCCUGCUCCCUCCGCCUCCUGCCCGGCGAGCGAGGACGCGCCCGCGGCCACCUGCUGCGGCGAGGUCCAGGCCGAGUCCUCGAGUGGCGGCGAUGAGAACGACGACGUCAGCAGCUACAUGCAGGGGGAGGUGCGGCUGGUGGUGACGUUCGAGGACGGCUCCUUUCGCCGCUUCUCCAAGAGCGUCGUGGAGGAUUUCCGCAAGCUGCUGCUGGACGCGUUCGAGGAGCGUCACGGCCUCCAGUGCUGGCGGUCCGAGGGCAAGAUCGGCCGCGGCGGCUACGGCCUCGUGCACGUGGGGCUGUUGCAGCGGCCCGACGGCACCACACGGCCCGUCGCCGCCAAGCUGUUCCUGGGCGGACUCACCAAGGCCAAGGAGCAGCUGAACAGGGAGGUCGGCGCGGCGAUGCAGCUGCAGCAGGCCUGCGCCACCGCCUCUUCCUCCUCCUCUUCUUCCUCCUCGCCUGAACAGCCGUUGCCGCUGCUGGCGGCGGCUGAGCGGAGCCCGUUUGUGCGGCUGCUGUGCCACGGCGGCCGGCCCGGGCAGCUGCCCAUGAUGGUGAUGGAGCUGGCAAAGGGCUGCGUGGCUUCCGUACUGGAGGAUGCCACUGAAAAGCGCGACGAGAUCUGGGCUCAGAUGGAGGCCACACAGCAGCAGGCAGAUGCAGCCGCCGCCGCCAACACCGACGUCGCCAGCAUGCCUGACAACGUCACCAGGGCGCGGCCGGCGGCGCCGCCGGGCUCUGGCGUCCUGCCGGCCCCUCGGCCGCCGCCGCCGCCGCCCGGCUUUGAGCCCCUGCUGGCGGCCAGCCCUCGCCCGUGCCCGCCGCCGCCGGGCUUUCACGCACUGCCGGCGGCCCCUCGCCCCCCGCUGCCACCGCCUGGCUUCGCACCACUACUGGCCUCGCCGCCCGUGCCUGCGUCGGCGCCGGCCUCGGCUGCUACUUCUGCUGCUGAAGACCCGCUUCUGCCGUCUGUGCGUGUGGCCCGUGCUCCGCCGGGCUUCCCAGUGCCUGGCACUGCCAGUGCUCCCCGCUGCCGCGACGUGUGGGAGGACGUGGCGCUGCUGCCGCUGAAGCAGGUGCUGGCCAUCCUGGUGUCUCUGGCGGCCGCGAUCAAGGCCAUGCACCGCGUGGGACUCGUGCACAACGACGUCAAGCCUGCCAACAUGCUCCACCGCGCUGACGACACCUACUGCCUGGCUGACUUUGGUCUGGCUGAGCAGCUGAGCCCCGCCGACCCCACUGGCACCUUCUUCUUCGAGAUGGCCUGCGGCACCCGCCACUACAUGGCACCCGAGGUGCAGAGCAACGUGCCAUUGACGGCCGCUGUGGACGUGUACUCGUUCGGCAUCACGGCCCUGUGCGUGGCUGUGACCGGCAGCAACAGCGCCGCGGCCGACUGGUUUGCGCAGCAGAGCUGGUGGCCGGCCGGCGACGCGCCGGCUGCUGCCCGUGCCUUCCCGGCCGGCAUCUUCCCUUCCUACCUGCCCCUGUCACUGGAGCUGCUGCUGCUCGACUGCGUGGCGUGGGAUCCGCAGGAGCGGCCCACUGCGGAGCAGGUGGUCCAGCGGCUGGCCGCGAUCUGGGAGGAGGUCGUUGUGUGCGGCUACUGAUGACGCUACAUGCUACGUGCUGCUAGCGGGCUUGGUAUUGGUGGCUUGCGUUUUCGCGCCAAGGGCGCCCAUAGGCUGUCGGGCAGGGCUGUUGAGAGGUUCGAGAGAGGGCAAACCUGAGAUGGUUUCAUUGGCAGGGCUGCAGCGUAUGCUGCCAAGGAGAGUAGGGCUUGCUCGCUAGCUCGCUUACUAGCUAUCGUGCCGCGCCAGGCCGGCGUGCGGCCGGCAUCAGUGUGUGCGUUUGCUUGUGUGCUUGCGCGCCGAGACAGCCCCAGGAGUGCCGCAGCUAGCUCCGAGUGCGCGUCAGCGGCAGGACUGGAACACUACCUACCGCUUAGGAUGGAGCAAGCGGCCUAGGGCGUGGAAGUUCUUUCAUAGGGCGUACAAACUAAUUCAUUAUACAUGCGCUGCAGAUAUUCAUACUGCUACUGCGAGGGGAGGCACUCUGCGUGCCCGUGAGCGUGCGUGUCAUCACUAGACGUGGUUUGGGUCGAACGCUGUCUGCCUAGCAUUGCUCUUUCACACAACUCGUGCAUUGGCUUCUCUUUCGGGUGUUUUUGGACAUUUAGGACCCUGUACAUGGAUUGAUCUGUAUCUUUUAGACGCUUCGGCUUUAGGCUUUAGUCUGCUAGUGUUGAAUACGGGCGGUGGGCGGUUGACAGACCGGCACGCAGGUGAACACAACACACAACUGACUAGGCGGGCAAAUGCCUGACGCGGCGUCGCUGAACCAAGCGUCUUUGGCUCGUUGGCUACCGUUUCACUAUUAGAUUGCUUUGACCUGCUUGUGUCAGCCGAUAUUGUCUUGUGCAAAGCGCUGGCUGCAUUGAUUCAUGCAGCUUGGCCAGGUGUACGGUAAUGAGGACUAGCUGCUAGGCGGUGUGACCGUGGGUGUGACGGCGGGUAGCGAACGGCUUCAUAGCUGCAGCGGCUGACGGUGCGGCGGGGGCUGGAGCGUGUGCACGGCUAGUUAGGCCUCGUGACUAGGACGAGUAGGGAUGGGCACAGGACUGGCACACUGGAUGAAGGGGCACGGCCUGUGCAUUGCAGGUCAUCACCCCUGGGUAAGGACACUGGAUGAGAGGAUGAGACGGGGCAGGGCUGGAGCCCAGUGAAGCAUACGCACGGAUUGACACCAAAAGAUGACUUCUUUCCUAAUCAAGGCCGGUGGGGCCAUAGCUUCAUGCAUCGGCGUGCGUGCAUGCACUUGUAACAACUAUGGGCAGCAUCCAGUGACACGUCUCUUUGUCCUCGGGGCCUGCCUACUGGUGCAUAUACUGCAGAGCAUGCAUGCACGGUGUACGUGGGCCGGGCCUCGCGGGCUUGAGCAACUCAGCAUGCUUCUUACCUGCAUGCGUGCGUGUGGCCUUGAGUGGGCAUGAGCUGGAGCCUUGGAGGUGGGGCUCGGUGGUGGGUGGAGCCGUGGAGGGAGCGCGGGUGCAGGACAUGGAAGCGAGGUGGGUGGCUAUAGCGGCCGGAUGAGGUGCUAGGCAGUCAUCGGUGGGGGCAGAUGUGUGGGGUUUGUGGCGUCGCCGCCAGCGACUCGGAUGCAAACAUGAUGUACAAGAGCCAUGCAAGGGGCAAGGGUGCAAGGGGAAGGGUGCAGGCGUGCAGCGGAAGACGCCCCGCCGAGUCCUCCCGAGUAAACGAACUGCGCCAGCCAACGCAGCAUAUGGAUGCGGAUUACAACGGGUCGAGAAGAGGGCAUUGGCUGUGGCGGCUGGGAUGGAGGUUGGGCCCGGUGGAGGGUGCAGGGAAUGGGAGACGGAAGCGAGGGGGAGCCAGGCCAGGCUUGAUGCAGGGGAGCAGGUGACGGAUAGGUGAUGGGGACAGACGUAUGGCGUUGGUACGGCUGUCGACAUGGGCGCAGCUGCAUGCCAUGAAGUACCGUAAUGGAAGGGCGCAAGGGCAGGCGAGGGGAAUGAACGCCACGACCUCAGAGCAGUGCAUGGUGCGGGCGCACUGGUCGUGCUGCUAUGGUACGGUCGCGCUGCUGCAAUGCCGUGGGCAGGGGCACUAGGCACAGGCAGGUGACUCGGAUAAGAACUGGCACGCGUUGGCGGCAAGUACGAACUCUGGUGGCGAACCGUAAGUCAUACUGGUAUAGCGUGAGUACCGUAAUACUCUUGUUGGAACAGUUCAAAGGAGGCCGCUACCUGCUAAGCUUCCGAUCGGCCGAAGGUAUAAGAGUGGCCUGUGGGAACGUGUAUGGGGGAUUGGUUUGAGUUCGGGGAUUCUGAAGUUACUGAGUUUACAGAGGCGGGGUGGGACUGGGUGGGCAUGAUUGCGCAGGUGGGGAGGUGUUAUGUUUGCUUCCCUGAUGUGUUCAGUGAAGUAUGGCUUCAAGCAGCAGGCUAUGUGUGCCCGCGUCUGCAGAGUGCAGAUGUCGCAGUGGCGUUGGUAAAAGGAGAAAGAGCAUUUGUCGGUGGCCAGUCCAGCGUUAUGUACGGAUGUGGCGUCGAACUACACGUUCCAACCACAGCGGACCCAGGGUUGACCCUGAGCGGACCUCUGCGAACCCGACCGCUGCUGGCUGCGCGCAUGCACUCCCUUCCACUCUCAGCAGAGUCAGCACCUAAGGCCCCGCGUGCGGCUCUGAGUCUCUGAGACAUGCACCCGCUGUCAAAGCAUGCGUCUACUAGCUGCGGGCCAGCACACUGCGUCUGCCGGGGCGCGGCCGUUAGCGACAAGCUGACGGGGUGUAACAGUCAUGGCUG